AUGGCCCCCACCUUUAAUACAUUUAUGCCUUUGCCCCUCUUCCACCCUCUAGGCCCCUACCCCCUCCCGGUCCUACCUCACACUCCCACCCCAACCAUUCCUCCCCAAAAACCGGAUGUCAUCACUGGUCACGAUGAUUACUGGAGAGCACUGGAAACAACAAGCAGCAAUGGAAAGAAGUUCGAAGGGGAUCUGACAUUCAGAUGCCUUACUGGUGAGCGCUUGAAACGCCAAGCACACUCCUGCGACGACGAGUUCUUCUUCAGCAGUCCCCAACGCCCCUCUGCAUCUGCGAGAACUUUGUGCACUACCUCCUCCUCCUCCUCCUCCUCCUCCUCCUCCUCCUCCUCCUCCUCCUCCUCCUCUUCUUCUUCUUCUUCUUCUGCGUAG